AAAACCCAACGAAUCUACAACUGCUUCCCAUUCUAAAAUGGCAGCUUCAGUGAAACUGGUAUACUUCGUUGUUCUUGUGAUGUCUGCAUGGAGUGAGGUAGAUGGAGCUAGUGAAUGUGGCAACGUAAGCCCUGACAUGGAAGCAUUGACGCUCAUACCUUGUUCAUCGGCUGUACAAGAUGAGAACGCUUCAGUUUCUGGGAGUUGCUGCUCUCAAGCGCUGAACCUGGUGAAAAACCCUGCAUGCCUUUGUGCAGUAAUGCUGUCUAAUACUGUCAAAUCUUCGGGGAUUAACCCAGAGAUCGCCCUGACCAUUCCUAAACGAUGCAAUAUUGCUGAUCAGCCUGUUGGUUAUCAAUGUGGAGUUUAUACAUUGCCUUGAAAGAUGGAAGGGCGGUGGUUUAGGUUGGUGUUAUCAUAUGUAUGUUGUAUCAUGUAUGAUGGGUUUGUGAUUUUUGCUUUGAAUAAAUCCAAUCUUCGAUCUUUUUUCGAUUUGAUUAUGUUGUUUCUAUAGUUUGCAAUAAAUUAUGUUGAAUCCAGAUUAUUAUUCGAGUUA